AUGGCAACACAAAACCCCACCGAAACUACCUCGCUGCUCAAUCCCCCACCGGAACCCCAAUCCGAAAUCCUCUAUCCCAAUGGCGAUGCCGCGACUACCAAUUUUGUUGUCCCAGACGAUCCCUCCACACUCUACGUAUGGAUCCUCAUGAUCGGGCCCUUUCUAUCCGCCUUCGUAGCAGCUGUUGAUUCCUCCAUGAUUGCUACACUCUCAUCACCUAUAACUUCCUCAUUUGGCUCACUGUCUCAUCUUCCAUGGCUUGCUUCUGCAUAUUUCAUAGCAAACGCUGCAAUUCAACCUUUGUCUGGAAAACUCACUGAUAUCUAUGGGAGACGGAGUGGACUUGUACUUGCGAAUAUUGUGUUUGCAUUGGGGAAUUACAUGUGUGCAAGUGCGAAAAUAGAAUGGGUGUUGAUUGCUGGUAGAGUUGUAGCAGGGCUAGGAGGUGGAGGGAUUAUGGCCAUUGCAACUUUUCUCUUGUCUGAUUUAGUGCCUCUGAGAGAUAGAGGUAUGUGGCAAGGCAUUGGAAAUAUGAUUUUGGGCGUAGGAUCCGGUAUAGGUGGUGUACUUGGAGGAUGGAUCAAUGACUCUCUAGAUUGGAGAGCUACAUUUUUAUUGCAGAUUCCCAUCACGCUGUUGGCUACGAUAUGGACAUGGUUCACUAUACGCAUACCUACUGUAGAUGAUGGGGAGCGGAAAUCAAAUCUCAAACGGAUUGAUUACUUGGGUUCAAUCAGUCUAUUCACAACGCUCGUUGCGUUACUUCUUGGCAUGAGUACCGGAGGUAACACGGUAUCUUGGACCAGUCCCAUCGUUCUAAUCAGUCUUCCUCUAUCCUUGAUAUCCCUACUGGUUUUCAUUAUCACCGAACUCAAAUACGCCAAAGAACCCAUCAUACCACUUCCUCUUCUCUGCGAUCUAUCUGUUGCAGGCGGCUGUCUCACAAAUGCUUUCUCCUCAGCCUCCCGCUUCGCGAUGAUAUUCUAUCUCCCCCUCUUCCUCGAAGCGCAGGGCUACACCGCCACAAAAAUCGGUCUCCGUCUAAUUCCCGGCUCAAUCGGCACAGCCAUUGCCUCUAUGAUUGCUGGAAUCAUAGUGAAAAGUACUGGGAGGUUUUACAAACUCGGUAUUGCAUCCCAAGUCAUCUAUAUUCUGGGAAUGGCGUUUAUCUGCACAUUUACAUUACGGACAUCUGCCUGGCCCCCCUUUGUCUGUUUUUUCAUCAUUAAUAUUGGAUAUGGAAUUACGCUUACUACGACUAUUCUCGCGCUUCUGUCGUCGGUGAAAGCGAAAGAUCAGGCUGUUAUCACAUCCGCACUCUUUGCCUUUCGUUCAACCGGAACGGUAUUGGGGAUUUCAGCAGCGGGACUUACGUUUCAAAGUGUGUUGGGCAAAUUAUUAUGGGAGAAACUGGGGGAUAUAGAUAAUGCAGCAGAAUGCAUUCAGCGAAUCAUUGAUGAUUUCAAGGUAGUUGAUGGUCUUGAGGAAGGUUUAAAAGAAUUGGCUCUGCAGGCUUAUAUGGGCGCUGUAAGAGCUGUUUUCUUUUUAAUGUUGGCAUUGGGAGGAUUAGCUUUGGUGUUUACGUUGUUAAUUAGGGAUCGGGAAUUGUCUCAGAGAAUGGUACGAUGA